AUGGAUAAUACAUACGCUUAUCUUGCCAGCUAUCUUGUUGAAAAAAUUUUAUCUCUUGAUCCAAAUGAACGUUUUUUGCUGGGUAUCGCUGGAAUUCCUGGAUCGGGAAAAUCUACAUUAGCGCUUAAAGUUAUUUCCCUAAUAAAUCAAAAAAUGGAAAACGUAUCGGCGAUGAUUCCAAUGGAUGGAUUUCAUUAUCCAAAAUACGUUUUAGAUACAUUUGAGGCAAGAACUAUACACGAUGCGGAACAAGCACAUGCUAGACGUGGCUCUUAUUGGACAUUUGAUGCCGAAGGACUUUUGGAAUUAUUGAAGACAUUGAGACAACCUAUUGAUCCCGAAAACCCGAAUGUGGUUAAAGCCCCUUCAUUUGAGCAUGCUAUCGGGGAUCCAAUAAAAGACGAUAUUUCUAUUUUACCAAGCCAUAAACUCGUGAUCUUUGAGGGCCUGUAUCUUCUUUUGACUGAACCCCAUCCAUGGGAUCAAAUUCAAAAAUAUAUGAACGAACUAUGGUUUAUCGACGUGGAAAUUCCAAUUGCCAAGGAUCGUGUUAUUCUAAGACAUUUAGCGAGUGGAAUAGCUAAACACAAAGAAGAAGCUGCACAACGAUUCGAAAAUAAUGACAAGCCAAACGCUGAAUAUAUUUUGGCCCAUCGUGCGCCACCCACAAGGAUUAUUUACAGUGUUGAAGAUCAAGAAGAAGUGCAAAAAAUGAUUAACGAGAUAUAA